AUGGCAUAUUCAGGCGACGACGACGGCGGGUUUGACGUAUUUUGGCUACUGACUAUAUUCUUUGCUCUUGGCAUCUGGCUUGUCAUUAAUCGCUUUCAAACCGUUCACAACCGCGCUGUGCCCUUUCGAUGGCCUGCCCCCAAACCAGUCGGCCCCCAAUUUGAGGCCCACAAGAUACCCAAUCCUUCACUGGAAUCACAUUUGUUAUUUGAAGAAAUCAGACCGUCAAUGUAUAUGCCUGAACGGAGAUAUAUCACCUGUUUUGAUCCUGCUACCUCGUUUCAUCUUGAUUGCGUUUUGGCGGACACCUCGCUGGAAACCACUGCGAAAAUUUAUCGAGCUGCGGAAGCCCAAAAGCGCUGGAAAAACACGUCGUUCCGAGAUCGAAGACGCGUAGUUCGGAGUUUGAAGAAAUGGCUGGUCGAUAACCAAGAGACGUGUGCAAAAGUUGCAUGUCGGGACACAGGAAAGACCAUGCUCGAUGCCGCACUUGGCGAGGUUCUGACGACCUGCGCUAAAAUGGACUGGUUAAUCAAUCAUGGCGAACGGUACCUGCGUCCUGAAUCACGUAGGAGCAGCCUCUUGAUGUUCUACAAAAAGUCAUAUGUCUGUUAUGAGCCGUUAGGCGUGGUUGCGGCUAUAGUGUCUUGGAAUUAUCCACUACACAACGCAUGGUCGCCUAUUCUUUCCGCUCUCUUUGCCGGUAAUGCGGUCGUAUUGAAAUGUUCCGAGCAUGUCGCUUGGUCUACAGAUUGGUUUGUCGGUGCCAUAAAGCAAUGUCUCGAAGUCUCUGGACAUGACCCUGAGCUGGUUCAGUUAGUGCGCUGCUAUCCUGAUGAAGUGGAGGCCUUGACAAAAUCUCCGUUGAUCAAGCACAUUACGUUCAUUGGUUCAGAGGAAGUGGGACGAAAGGUUGCUAUCGCGGCAACUGAACAUCUCAUUCCUGUGACGCUGGAGCUUGGCGGCAAGGACCCCGCAAUUGUCAUGCCAGAUACAGAUCUCAAGCAAUGGAUUAGUAUUUGGAUGCGCGGGAUUUACCAGAACGCAGGACAAAACUGCAUAGGGAUCGAGCGGUUACUUGUCCAUUCUUCACAGUAUGAUGAAUUGCACGCUAUGCUCGUCGCCCGCGUCAAGGACCUCCGUGUUGGUUCCACAUUGUCAAACCCAAACGAUGGCUUUGUUUCUACGGCGGACGUUGGCGCGAUGAUCUCCCCGGAAAGAGUAGAAGCUACGGAAUUGUUGGUCCGUGUCGCUAAAGAUUCUGGUUUAGAUGUCGUGGGUGGAACGCGAUACGAACACCCCUAUAUGGAGUAUGGUUCCUACUUCCAUCCGACACUUGUUUCGCCAGUCCAUCCAGAAUCAGACAUCGCACAGCGAGAAUUGUUUGCACCGGUUGCGCUGUUGAUGAAAUACGACACGCUUGAGGAAGCUGUCGCGAUUGCGAAUGGUACCAGAUAUGGCCUUGGAGCAAGUGUGUUUGGGCCCAAGCAGGAACAGUGUGUCAACCUUGCGCGACAACUCGAAUGUGGCAUGGUGUCCAUCAACGACUUUGGCGUUUUUUAUCCACUUUACAGUCAAGAUUUGCCGUUUGGUGGCACAAAGUCCAGCGGAUAUGGCCGAUUCGGAGGACCUGAGGGAUUGCGGUCAUUGACGAACCCAAAAGCGAUUGUCGUUGACCGUUUCGCUUGGGCAGUGCAGACAACGAUACCAAAACCGGUGGAUUACCCGAUUCCUUCUAUUGGGCGAAGCUGGGACUUCAUCAGUGGUCUGGUUGGGCAGAGCUCUAGCUGCAGCGCCUCUGCACCUACAUCGUGCCAAAAUACGACUGUUGAGACGGACUCGUGUUGUUUUGAAGGGAAUGGUCUGCUUCAGCAAGUUCAGUUCUGGGACACGAACCCGUCGACAGGCCCGUCUGACAGCUGGACGAUCCAUGGAUUAUGGCCGAACAGCUGUGACGGCUCAUACUCGGAGUAUUGUGAUUACUCAACUGAGUACAAGGAUAUUACCACGCUGCUCCAGGACCAAGGAGCGUCCGAUACUUUGGAUUAUAUGCAAACGUAUUGGAUCAGUGACGACGAGUCAAACGAGGACUUUUGGGAGCAUGAAUGGGCUGCGCACGGAACUUGCUACACAACCCUGGCGUCGUCCUGCUUCUCCGACAGUACCACCGGGGCUAAUGCGGUCGCUUUCUUCGAGAACGUAGUCACCCUAUUUCAGACGUUACCGACGUACUCUUGGCUCGAGCAGGGCGGCAUCACGCCCACCAACGAUCGCACCUUCACCUUGGACGAGCUCCAGAGCGCGAUUCAGCAAGCUUCUGGCGUCACCGCUUCAUUCGACUGUGACGAUGACAACACCCUGUACCAAAUUGAAUACUGGUUCAAUCUCCAGGGCCCAUUGGAGAAUGGGGACUUCAUUGCCAUCGACGCAUAUGAGGCCGGCUCUUGCUCUUCGGAGGGAAUCGCUUACCCGCCCAAGUCUAGCAGCGACUAG